UUGAACCUAACAUUUCCAAGAAUUGUACGGCCUCGUUAUAGUUUUAAGAACCUCGUUUCUAUUCGAUUUUCAACAUCAUUUUCAGCGGGAAAGGCACGUUGUGACUUCUGUAAUAUUAAAAGAAAAAAGAAAUGCUACAACCAACAUUGGAUGGAUUGUCAAAGUUCCGACUGAUUCUUGCUAGUGGAUCUCCAAGACGGAAGGAAAUUUUGGCUAAUGCCAAUUUAAAAAUGGAAAUAGUCCCUUCCACAUUUGAAGAAAAUUUGGACAAGUCUCAAUUUGCUCACCCUUCAGAUUAUGUGAAAGAAAAUUCAAAACAAAAAGCUAUUGAAGUUUUUAACAGAUUGAACUCUGGGACAAAGUGUCCAGAUUUGGUAGUUGGUGCUGAUACUGUUGUGGUGCUUGGUGACACAAUUCUAGAAAAACCAAAAAGCAGUGAGAAUGCAUUCACCAUGCUUAAAAGCCUGGGUGGAUUAAAACAUGAAGUGUACAGUGGAAUAACAUUUCUUUGGCCAAGAAAAGCCUCUUCAGAUUUUCUUAUAAAGCAGUUUCAUGAAUGUACUAGAGUGGAAUUUGGAGAACUUACUGAUGAUGUUAUUAUAGAGUAUGUCAAAACUGGGGAGCCAUUGGACAAAGCUGGAGGGUAUGGUAUCCAGGGCUUAGGUGGGACUUUGGUGAAAUCAAUUGAAGGAGACUACUACAAUGUUGUUGGAUUUCCAUUGUACUCAUUUUGCAAAGAGCUGAAACUCUGGUAUUCAAAUUAUUCAAUGGAAACAUCCAGCUAAAUGAUUU